ACAGCCCCUCGGCUCCAGUCAAUGUCACAGUCAAACACCUGAAAGCCAACUCGGCCGUUGUGACUUGGGAUGUUCUGGAAGAUGAAGUUGUCAUUGGAUUUGCAAUUUCCCAACAGAAGAAGGACGUGCGGAUGCUGCGCUUCAUCCAGGAGGUGAACACCACCACCCGCUCCUGUGCCCUCUGGGACCUAGAGGAGGACACUGAGUACAUUGUGCAUGUCCAGGCCAUCAGCAUCCAAGGCCAGAGCCCUGCCAGUGAGCCAGUCCUCUUCAAGACCCCCAGGGAAGCUGAGAAACUAGCCUCUAAAAAUAAAGAUGAGGUGACAAUGAAGGAGAUGGCGAAGAAAAACCAACAGCUGCGAGCGGGGGAAAUUCUCAUCAUUGUUGUGGUGUUGUUUAUGUGGGCAGGGGUGAUCGCCCUGUUUUGCAGACAGUACGACAUCAUCAAAGAUAACGAGCCAAAUAACAGCAAGGAGAAAGCGAAGAGCGCCUCGGAGAACAGCACCCCCGAGCACCAGAGCGGGGGGCUCCUCCGCAGCAAGUUUCCAAAAAACAAGCCCUCAGUGAACAUCAUCGAAGCGUGACAGUCUGCCAGCUGAUAGAUGGACUCCAUCCCUCACUCUCACCGUCUGCCUCUGAGCCUUGAUGACUAGGGAGGUGAAAAACUGCUGGAGCAAUUUG